UUGGCAGACCACCUAUCACCAAUACUUCCCAGUCUCUUCUCAGCGCCUGUGGUGGGCGGCUCAAACUAAUUGGUGAACUCAAAUGUUCUGUUUCCUUCCGCAAUACCAAAUUCACAGGAAUUUGUUACGUCACGAAGAAUGAUUUAAAUCUUUUGGGACUUGAUUGGUUCGAUCGUUUGCAUCUGGCUGAUGUCCCACUAAAUUCUCUACGCAAUACAGUGAAGAAGCAUAAAAUGCUAGACAAUUCCGGACGGAGCCGAAGCCGCAAACCCAACAAUCAGACGAAACGACAGGCGUCAACAACAAGCCCAAAGGUCCCAGAUAAACCCCCAGGUGCUGAACAUUCGUGAGAUGCCCCGACAAACUGAUUCUGUUUGUCCAGAUGACCAACCGUCUGUCCAUGAAACAUCCAAUUUGAAGGAUGUUGAAAAUACCUCAACCUCAGAAUUAACGAAAAAGUCUAACCAUUCGAAAAGAACUACAGUGAAUGCUUCCUCAAGCGAAAAAGAAAGACAUUCAAAAGCAAAGCAUACAAAAAACCAUGGUGGAUCCUUAGGUCUUGGCGAUUCCAAAUUUCCCUCAGACGUAAUCCAGUCGGAUAGUGGAAGUAAAGGAGAAUCGCUCGAUAAGGAAGCUAUACUUGACCAGUACAAACGUGACCGUAUCAAGAAAAAGAGAAAACAUUCAAAGAGUGAAACCAAACAUGAAAAGCAUAGCAAGCGUGAUGAAUUUAAUUCUGAAUUAACAGCGGAUGCGUCACCUGUCAAAGAAUCUCCUCGCAAACAGAAGCAUCGAGAUAAAUCACAUAGGCGAAGUAGUGCAUCAAAGGCUUCAACAGCGGAUGAAAAGCCUCAUCGCUCUGCAAAACCAGUCGUUCGUGAGGACGGUAGUCGUAAGGUUGUAUCAACUGAUAGGGAGCAAAGCUAUGAAGUGGAUAUGCGUGUGCAUUCUGCUUAUGAGUCUGUUCCAAACACACCAUCAUCAGCUUCUACAUGUUCCUCAGAUGCUUCAGAAUCUUCAUAUAGCCAGUCGUCAUAUAGCCCCAGAAAGCAUCAUAAACGUCUGGUUCAUGAUGAGCAUUCUAAUGAAAAGUCAUAUAAACAGAAACACAAUAAAAAUAGUCGUUCUCCCUCAACGCAUUUUAAUCGUGAUCGUAAAACUGACUCUUCACGGCUUACAAAUAAUCACCAAGAUACUAAACUUGAAGGAAAUUCUGCUACAGCGAAAAGAGCUCGUCACUCUGUCAGUUCACCUUCAAAGUCAAAGAAAAAAGAUUCAGCUUCUUUAAGUUAUGGGUAUCGUCAAUCAACACAGCGUCGCCAUGUAUCUCCACGUCGUAGAUCUCGUUCGAAACGUCGCGCUUCAUAUAGGGAAAGAAGUAGCGAUUCUGAAAGAUACGAACCUCGAAAAACACAUCGUUCAGAUGAAAAAAAGUAUAUCCAUUCACGGUCACAUCCUUCUAAGAGGAAGUCUAGAUACUAUAGUCCUGAUGACCGCCAUGAUAUGCAUAAACGUCGUUAUCUAAAACGUCAUGACCGUCAUCCUGCACGUAACUCACAUAGCACCAGAAGGCGCAGUAGCGGAAGUCAUCAGUAUGAUUUACGUGAAGAUGUUAACUCGUUAUCACCAUCGCCUAAAGGUUCAAGACGAGCUGAUGCAAAAAGUGGAUCUCGGCAGCAUUCGACACGGCGGCAAGUAAGUAGCGUUAUGAUUAAAUAAAUAAUUAUGUACUACUGUGUACUUUACCCACUGAAACUACUCUUUUAUGGAAUUGUGGUCUACCAUAAUGUCGAGAUUCUGCUCUUAUGUCGAUAAAGCCAUUUAGGCUUCAUAAAACAAUGAAGUUAGGUUCCUUUAUAAUGUGGUUUUGAUGAAAAUGGAUCACCAGUGUCUUAAGGUAGACAAACAGAGUAAUGGCAAGUAGCUCAACUAUCCAACGGAUACCAACAUCUUAGUUGAAAAUGGACAUCUUGUCAAUAACAUGGUGAAAAUCACACAGCUGCUGCACACUUUGAGCAGGUCAGUUCCUUUAGCCAAAUGUUUUCCCUUCAAAAGUCUUUAAACAUGGUCGAGAAAUAUUUGAUAACUGAACCAAAGUACGGGUCGUUCUAAAUCUUGAUCUUAGUGGUGUAUAAAAAUUGAAAUUUUGUAACAGCUACAGACAGACCUAUCUAAUGAACCUGUGCUCUAAAUCUGUGGGACUUGUGGCUAUCCACGGUGCAACUAGUUUCUUAGGAAACGCACCUGUAGAAAGACAGAC